AUGCCAAUGCCCCAGCAAAACCUGCUCACCGGCAUCAAUCGCAGAUACAGGACAUUGAUACCUCUCACGCUUGUAUCCAUAUGGGCUUGGUUCUUAUGGCGUCCUGUGUUCGAUUUCCAAACGAAGCUUCCUUGGGACAAAUCCUCCAACUCCAACCAGACGCAGAGUACCCCCAUAUCUUGGGAAGGAACUAAAGACAUAUUCGAUUUUCCUCCAAUCGAAUCCGAAGCUAUAAAGAGUAUCUGCGACGAUGUUGAAUGGAACUCUACCCUGGUCUUCACUUGCGAUAAUUCAUAUGGAGGAGUUGGCAACAUUCGGAACUCUGUGCUAAAUUGCGUUCGAUAUGCAAUUUCAGCUGGUGCAAGCUUGGUGAUUCCCAAGAUCAUACUUCGGAAUAGCCAGAAUAUCAUGGAUCUCGAAACCGGUGAGCGGACCACUUUAGACUACAUGUUCAAUGUAGAGCACUUUGUCGAGUCUUUGCGCCUGUCCUGCCCGGCAUUGAAACUCUACAGUGCGGAGGGCGACAUCCCGAACCUCGAGAAGUCUUCCGACCCUAUUUCAGUGGUGCCUGAAAGCUUGGUUGAAGGCAAAUCAAGGGAUGGGUCAGCAGCAUUACAAAAUUCAGACCAAUGGAGACAGCAAUUCUACCAAUGGCUCGAGCAAUAUGCAACGAACAACGCCGAAGGUCCUAUAAUUGUCCACGUUGGACGCUUAUUCCUGAAAUAUUCGGUAUAUAGCGACGGGGAGCGCUUCGCCCUCGAGUUUGGGGAAAUUAUGAAGGUUCGAUCGGACGCCCGCGAGCUCGCCACAACGACUCUUCACGCGCUCAUCCAAGAAUACUCUCUUCGUGUCAAUUUGACCGAAAACAUUCUAAAAGAUGCCUUCCUUGGCGUCCAUUUGCGAACUGAAAGAGACGCAAUGAAUGCCUGGGGCAAUCCGUUCUGGCCAUUUUCAACAUACAAGGCUAUAGUGGGGAAAUAUAUGGAGCAAAUUCAGGAUCCCUCUCGCCCAAAAACCGCGGUCAUUUAUGUAGCCUCCGGUGAUCUGAAUGAAGUAGGCAAAUUCGCUGGGGAUGUGAAGGCCCUCAACAUGACUGUCACCUCGAAGAACAACUUAUUGACUGGAAAGGAUAAGGAAGAUCUAGAGAAACUAGCUUGGGAUCAACAGGCUUUGGUAGAUUUCCUGGUUAUGCCUAUGGCAUCGGACUUCGCUGGGCUUGGGAUUUCAAGCUUUUCGUGGAAUAUCGCGCUUAGAAGGCAUUUGUUCGCAAAGCAGAAGAACUUCCUGCAUAUCGACGGUCCAAGGAUGUUCGAAGAUGAAUUUAGCAUCUUGUAUGGAGGUGGAAGGGACAAAUAUCCGGAGUACGAAGCUUGCUUGUGGCCUUGA